AGGGCCACCCGGUAGCCUGGCUUGCCGAUGAGGCGCUCGGCGCUCUUCUCGGUGAGCCACACGUGGCGGUGCUCUGGCUUGGCGGUCAUGUCGGUGGGGUCGGCCAGCGACUGCGAGUGACUGCGGUCGAUCUCGAUGGCAUCCCAGUGCUCCUCAAGGCGAUACAGAAGGGACUCGGGCGUGAAGGGCGGAUCAGCUGCAUCAGAAACACAGCAUGCCCUCGCACUGCAGUGCAUGCGACUGGAUCUGUUUGGCUUACUACUCAU